AUGGACUAUAUUCGCCCUCGCUCCGGCUACCAGCCAUGUGAUACUUUCUUCAUCGAAGAUGACUACCGUCUGCGCGCCGAGAAGCAAGCUAAGGAUGAGCACGACAAGCUCGUUGCUCGUGAACGCCAACAUGCUAUUGCUGCACAGCUGUCCAAGAUCACUAGCGGAGAGCUUCGAGAUGAUAUCCUGAGCCACAUGCUUGAGAUGGAUAGCCAAACGCUUCCCGACGUUGAGUCCAUAGAUAUUCAGACCGAAAUUCAAUGGUUCAUGCGCCCCUAUCUGCUUGACUUCCUCAUCGAGGCACACACUGCAUUCCAGCUCUUGCCAUCGACACUGUUCUUGGCUAUCAACCUCUUGGAUCGUUACUGCUCUAAGCGUGUGGUGUACAAACGUCACUAUCAAUUGGUGGGCUGUGCGGCUCUCCUCAUCGCAGCCAAGUACAACGACAAGAAAGACCGGGUCCCCACUGUCAAGGAGCUUAAAUCAAUGUGCUGCUCCCUCUAUGACGAUGACAUGUUUAUCCAGAUGGAGUGGCACGUGCUCCAGACCCUCGGUUGGACUAUUGGUCACCCAACCGUCGAUGCCUUCUUGCAAAUGGCUGUGCUUGACGAGGCCCACGACGCAGAAGUCGAGAAUAUGGCCCUCUACAUCUUGGAGAUUGCCCUUUUCCACAGGGACUUCGUCUCCAAGCAGUCGUCGGAGCUCGCUCGUGCCGCACUCGCAUUGUCCCGGUGCAUUCUGAGUCGGCCCCAACCCCGCCACACGCAAUGGGCUUCUCAAUACGACUCGAUGACUCUCGUCGCUCUCUCCCAGCAACUUCACCAGCCCUCGGCUGUCGUUGCCCGGAAGUACGCCUCAGCUACAUACUCGCGAGUUUCUAAGGUUAUGGAGAACUUCCUUAAUCGCCAGGCGUCGUUAACCAACUACGCCCGUUGCACACCUCCUGUCGAGACCCCCAUGGAGUCCAAACCUUACAAUGGUGAAAUCGGCCUGGCCACUCCUCAGAAGUCUUCGCACUUGACCGCUGUUCCCCACGGUUACCUUACUCCCCCGAUCACUCCCGAAAAUGUAGCCUUUGCACAGACCCAGAUGGCUGCCCACUCCACUGCGGCCGCAUGCUCUCCUUCGCCAGCUUCAUCUUCAGAUAUGCAAUACAUGAACACUGAGGCCUACUCGCAACAGGAGGUAAUGUACAUGUCACAGCAACAGCACCUGCAGUUCCAAUCGCAGGCUCAAAUGGUCAUUGACCCUGUGUACGCUGGCGCAAUCUAA